AACGCGACGCUGGAGGACAUGAGUACGUCUGCUCGCAUUGCUCUCCACCGGGACACGAGAAGCUGACCCGCGAUCCCCUCGCUCGUUCAAUAGGCUCUCCGAAAGACCAGAAACCCAUCGUCGGCAGCUUCACCUUCCCCGAACUCGCCCAUAUCGUCGGCUCCGCCUCGACCGCCGUCGCCGUCCUCGUCAGCAUCUACCUCAUCUGGCGGCACGCCCUCAACUACACCAAGCCGCGCGAGCAGCGACACAUCAUCCGCAUCCUCUUUAUGGUCCCCGUGUACAGCGUCUCGUCGCUGCUCCAGCUCUUCUUCUACGAACACGCCGUCUACCUCGAGGUCAUCUCGCAGUGCUACGAGGCCUUCGCGCUGGCCGCCUUCUUCGCCCUCGUCUGCCACUACGUCGCCCCGGACAUCCACUCGCAAAAGGAGUUCUUCCGCGCCAUGACGCCCGUCAAGCCCUGGACCUGGCCCAUCAAGGGCUUCGCGCGCUGCUGCGGCGGCCAGCGCGGGCCCUGGCGCACGCCGCAGAGCGGCCUGACGUGGUUCAACGUCUGCUGGAUUUCCAUCUACCAAUACUGCUUCACACGCAUCGCUGCGGGCGCCAUCGCCGUGGCUACCGAGGCCGCCGGCGUCUACUGCGAGAGCUCCAACAACCCGGCCUUUGCCCACAUCUGGGUCAGCGCCAUCAACAUGGUGGCCGUCACCAUUGCCAUGAUGUGCAUCAUCCAGGUCUACGUCCAGCUGAAGGACGCCCUGGCUGAGCACAAGCUCUUCAGCAAGAUCCUGGCCAUCAAGCUGGUCGUCUUCCUCGUGCUGUGGCAGACGGUGCUGCUCUCCAUCGGCACGUCGACCGUCUCCGCCAUGAAGCCCAGCUCGAAGCUGUCCCAAGGCGACCUCAAGGUCGGCAUCUCCAGCCUGCUCGUCUGCGUCGAGAUGUCCCUCUUCGCCCUCUUCCACCUCUGGGCCUUUCCCUUCCGGCCCUACGUCCCCGGCGCGCCCCCUUCGUUCUACCCCUCGCCGGAUCUCACGCGCGGCGGCCCCUCCGUCGAGAACAAGCACCAGUCCCCGAGCGGCGGCCCGCUGGGCAUCGGCGCCCUGAUGGACGCCAUGAACCCGUGGGACCUGGUCAAGGCCGUGGGCCGCGGCGUGCGCUGGCUGUUCGUCGGCGUCAAGCACCGCAAGCAGGACAUCAGCUACGGCCCGUCGAUGCCGCUCCACUCCCGGCCCGGAAGUCCCAACUACGGCCGGCGCACUUCUCAAGACUCCGAUGCGCCCCUGAAGCCGCCGGGCUUGGGCAACAGCGACGACCCCAUCCCUCCGCCCGAGUACACCCAGGGCAACUUCCCCGUCCCCGGAAACGAACGCUACGAGCCCAUGCGUACCCCCAACGACCCAACAUUCCCCCCUCAUAUGCCACCCCCCGAACCAUACGACGGCGGACGUGCGCAUAUAUCAUCCUUGCCGCCCCAAUCCUAUGGCCCGGAGAGUCAGAGAAUGGACUAUCGGAGAGGAUGAGAUGUUGGCAUCGGUGCAUACUACGGAACUGGUGUAAUCAAGGAUUUUGUGACAUUUGGCCUAAAAAGGGGGAGUUUGUGACAUUAGGGUGAGAUAUGGGUACCAUAUUUUAUGGUUAGAUACAACGUUAAAAACGUUGUUAUGAAGAUAUGAACUUUACCAUCCGUCGAGU